GUAAUAUGUCGUCACCAACUCCAAAACAUGAACCACAAGAGAAUGACAGUUCUCUUCCGGAUGAAUCGAUGGAAGUAGAUGGACCGGAAGACUUAUCCGUGAAGAAAGAAGUCCAGGAAGCAGUAAAAACGGAAGAAGCUGGUAGUUCACCAAAAGCGACAACUACAACUGACGGCGAGGUUCCUGAGAAAGAUUCCGCCGAUGAGAAUGCCGAGAAAAAUCAAGUUGACUCAAUGGAAAACCCUAAAACUGAAGAAGGCAUUGUGACUGCUGAUGAGAAAGUUGACAGUUCUGAUGAUAACAAAAAUGCUCAAAAAACGGAUGGAGAGAAGUCACAGGUUGCUGAAGAUGUGGCGGAUGCAGAGGUGACUGAGAAAAUUGGGUCUGGAGUAAAUGAUGAACUGGAAAACGUCGAAGAGGCUGAAAAGGAAGUGAAAAAGGAAGGUGAUGACGAGGAAAGUGGAGCUCAAGAUCCUGCUGUGAUUCAGUUGAGAAAAGAAAUUGCGGCAGCCAUCAACACUUACCAAAAACAGUUUGACGAUCUCAAUCUUACUCAGCGAAUCGCCCAACCAGGUAUCUCGGAAUACACGCAAAUGGUUAUCACAAAAAAGUUGAACGCCAGUACAGCUCAUAUUGAUGGUUAUAAAGGGAAAAUUGCAAUGGCCAACACUGUCGAGCAGCUACAGAAUCUGUUGACAGAAAUCAACCAGCAAAUCCGUCGUGCCCGUCAAUCCGCAGAAAUCAAUGCAAUGCUAGGACCCCCAUUUUGAAAUAUUCCAUGUGAUAGAUCUCAAUUUUGUUUUGAACACGUUUUUUAAAAAAUGUUUCUGAAAAUGUUCCCGAUUAUUCUUUCUUCAAGCGUGAACGAUUUUUGUUUACGUACCCCAAUGACCGUUUUGUAUUUACAACAUUUUUUGAACUUUAUCAAUUUUGACUUUGCAAUAAAAUCUUAUGU